AUGAAUCCAGAGGUGGAAUCUCGGGUGGAAUCUCGGGGGAAUCUCGGGAGGAACCUCGGGUGGAAUCUCGGGAGGAUCCUUAGGUGGAAUCUCGGGUGGAAUCUCGGGUGGAAUCUCGGGGGAAUCUCGGGUGGAAUCUCGGGGGGGAAUCUCGGGAGGAACCUCGGGUGGAAUCUCGGGGGGGAAUCUCGGGAGGAUCCUUGGGUGGAAUCUCGGGGGGGAAUCUCGGGUGGAAUCUCGGGGGAAUCUCGGGUGGAAUCUCGGGUGGAAUUUCGGGGGGGAAUCUCGGGAGGAUCCUUGGGUGGAAUCUCGGGGGGGAAUCUCGGGGGGGAAUCUCGGGUGGAAUCUCGGGGGAAUCUCGGGUGGAAUCUCGGGGGGGAAUCUCGGGAGGAACCUCGGGUGGAAUCUCGGGGGGGAAUCUCGGGAGGAUCCUUAGGUGGAAUCUCGGGGGGGAAUCUCGGGAGGAUCCUUAGGUGGAAUCUCGGGUGGAAUCUCGGGAGGAUCCUUGGGUGGAAUCUCGGGGGUGGAAUCUCGGGAGGAACCUCGGGUGGAAUCUCGGGAGGAUCUUUAGGUGGAAUCUCGGGUGGAAUCUCGGGUGGAAUCUCGGGGGGGAAUCUCGGGUGCAAUCUCGGGUGGAAUCUCGGGAGGAACCUCGGGUGGAAUCUCGGGAGGAUCCUUAGGUGGAAUCUCGGGUGCAAUCUCGGGGGAAUCUCGGGAGGAUCCUUAGGUGGAAUCUCGGGGGGGAAUCUCGGGAGGAUCCUCGGGUGGAAUCUCGGGUGGAAUCUCGGGAGGAUCCUUAGGUGGAAUCUCGGGGGAAUCUCGGGGGGGAAUCUCGGGUGGAAUCUCGGGGGAAUCUCGGGAGGAUCCUUAGGUGGAAUCUCGGGAGGAUCCUUGGGAGGAACCUCGGGUGGAAUCUCGGGUGGAAUCUCGGGUGGAAUCUCGGGAGGAUCCUUGGGUGGAAUCUCGGGGGGGAAUCUCGGGUGCAAUCUCGGGGGAAUCUCGGGAGGAUCCUUAGGUGGAAUCUCGGGGGAGAAUCUCGGGAGGAUCCUCGGGUGGAAUCUCGGGUGGAAUCUCGGGGGGGAAUCUCGGGAGGAUCCUUAGGUGGAAU